AUGAGUGAACUGCCUACAAAGAAUCGAAAUGAUGAUAUCAAUUCAAAAAUUGCAGAUUUUAUGGCUGACAUUGAUGAAAUCGUAUGUGGUAAGAAAACAGAUGCUCAACAGCCACAACAAGAAGAAGAAGAAGAAUCUGAGUGGAAACAAUGUUUUGAUGAAACAUCGCAAACAGCCUAUUAUUGGAAUACAAAAACGAAUGAAUGUUCAUGGGAUCCACCUCCAGUAGAAUCAUCAACGUCAACAUCUAUCGAUGAAGAAACAAAGAAAAGAGAUCGAGAAUUCGCGGCUGAUACGAAGUUACCAAAGAAACUUAAGAAACCAAAGCUUAUAGCUGAAUACACGUCAUCCGAGAGUGAAAGUGAUGAAGAUGAUAUCGACGAACUUUUGGAAGAGGUACUUGAUCAAAAUGAUAAAAUGCAAAAGAACAAAAUUCCACCAGUGGAUCCAUAUCCAUUAUUCGAAGCUGAUUGUCGAGCUGCCAUUGCACGUCUCGUAGACUUAGGCGAUAGAUCAGCGGAGAUUUCAAUUUUAAGAGUUCAAUUAGAAACUCGAUUAGAAGACACUCUUGCUGGUCAUCUUACUAAAUCCUAUGCAGUUAGCAAAUUAGACGAAGCACUUGUACAAAUUGAAGAGUUAGAAAAGCUAUAUGUAACUACUAAUCCAUUACCAAUGACCACAGAACCAGCAAAACCAUCUUUAACAACCAGUGAAAUGGCACUUCUCCUGUCACUUCCUCCACCCCCACCACCGCCCAGCCCCCCACCACCCCCAAUUUGCCCGCAGCUGUCAUCGAACGAAAAUGAAAAAGCUCUACAGAUGUUCUAUGCUCAACUUCAAUCUGAACAAACUGAGCUACCACAAUCACUGUUCACUUCUGACAAGGAAAAACCAUCGAUCGGUACCAAACCUGACCAUCAUCAUCAUCAUCACCAUAAAGAUAAAAAAUCUAAACCAGCGAAAACAUUGCCAACCGAUCUUAUUCAAAAAUGGACACAUGCACGGAACGAAUUAUGCGGGAUACCUGACAUAGACGAUUCUUAA